UUGAAACCAAAGAGUCUCGCGAUAUCUCGAAGCUGUGGGAGAAAGCGGGUACCUCGGGGGCGGCGACGCUGGGACAAAAUGGCGGAUGAAGCGGGUAGCAACGGGGAUGCUUUAGUUUUGCCGGUGGGAAAGGAGGCAGUGGAUCGUCUGAUCAAAGAAAACAGCCACAUCUUCACUGACACCCAGUGCAGAGUGUGUAGUGCAGUUCUCAUCUCUGAGUCACAGAAGCUUGCUCACUAUCAGAGUAAGAAACAUGCAAACAAAGUGCGGCGGUACAUGUCUAUCCAUGGUGAGGAAGAGCUCAGCCAAAGCAAAAAAAUAAAAUUGGACACAAAGCAGCAAGGCAGCAAUGGAGAAGACAGGAACAAAUGCUGUCCCAUCUGUAAUAUGACCUUUUCCUCAGCUGUGGUGGCUAACUCCCAUUACCUAGGCAAGACCCAUGCCAAGAAUUUGAAGCUGAAGUCUCCUAAAGCAGAAGCUGUAGUUCCUGCUCAGAAACAGCCCGCUAUUGCAUCUCCCACAACUAUGCCCUCUAAUGAAGAGAACCAGAACACUUCUGACCCAGACAAAUUCUGCAGUCUCUGCCAUGCCACGUUCAAUAACCCACUGAUGGCAAAACAGCACUAUGUAGGCAAGAAACACACAAAGCAGGAGACCAAACUUAAGCUAAUGGCACACUAUGGGAGAACUCCUGAGGAACCUGUUGCUUCAACAGCUGGGAAGGGGUAUCCGUGCAAUACCUGUAACAUAAUACUGAACUCUAUUGAACAAUACCAAGCUCACAUCAGCGGUUUCAAACACAAGAACCAAAUACCAGGAGCAGUACCCAUUACAGGACGGUACCAAAAGCAGCAGUACACACGAGAGGAGACCACAGGCCCUGAUGGCUACAGCUACUUUAGCCAAGACCUCUAGAGCAAGCUCCAUUGGAUUUGGAUUGUAAAUGGCCCAAAAGUGAACAUCUUUUAUCAGUCCACUAUGGUUUUGUUGUUCCUCUGGCUAAAAGAAACCCUCCUGUCCUACAGUGCACAGGUUUAGCUGAUUUCAGAACUAAUGAUUGGCUAAAGGAUCUAGAAGGGACAGAUUUACUAACUGGCAUUCACUCAGUCCUUUAGAAUAGUUUUCAUUGUGUAAUCUCUUGCAGAAAUGGCUGGGUGGGGCAGUCUUGUGUUUGGCAUGAGAGUCUGCCAGUGUUCUCUCAAGCCAUCCUUUUCUUCUGCUCAGAAGAUGCAGAAGGAAGUUCUCUACCCAGUACCAGCCAGCAAAGAUUGACCUUUGGAAAAAAGCUUAAGGUUUUGGGUAACAGAGUGCUUAAGUAUGAGGUGUAGUAUGGGCAUAACUGGACAGACUGGCUGUUCUUCACUCUCCUAGUGUGGGGAGUAAUAUCUUUGUAUUUGUCUUGCCCUUUCUUUGAUUGGGGUUGUGUGCAGAGUUUCUGAGGUCAUUGAUUGCCCAUUCGCUUCUUUUUUGUAGUUCUGCAGAUGCUGGUUCUGGAGCAUCUGAUGAUCUGUUCAGUAAAGCCGGUUCGGUUAAUGGUAUGCAUAAUUUGCUUCAGAAAGGCAAGGAACAGGACAGGGUCCUGCUGAAGCAGCUAGGUGUGUUUCCAGAAAUAUGUUUUCUUUUCAGUUUCUGAUACUUUUAUGGAAGCUGUAACAUUUUUAACCUAACUCUGCAAAAGUUUCUAUUGUGUUAAAAUGUUUAUCAGAUUUUUUUUUAUGUAGCAAAGGCUUUUAAAAUUGUUCUUUCUUCAAAUUAUAAAGCAUUUGAGCAGACUUGCACAAAUGAUUGUAAAACAGAGAAGCAAGCAGCCAUCAUUGUGAUUUGAAACUUUAAAGUAAAAUUUGUGGAGUGCUCUUUCCCAUUUACUGAGGAAUACUUCAUCCUCUUUCUGAGUUACAGAAGAGAGCUUUGCAUAGCAGUGUGGGACUUCCACUUCUGAAAUUUCUAAGUCAGAUAACCACUUCUCAAGGCUUGGAUUGUGGAAGCUGUGUUUCAGAAGGCCUUUGUAUGUGAGCUCCUUUAGUUCUGUGUAUGUAAACUUUUCUCCAUUCAAAUGUCCCUUACAUUUCUUUUUGAUAAUUUCCUGAGGCUCAGAAAGGAAUGUAGGUACCAGUGAGGAAUACUGCUAAACUGGCUACGUGAUUUGCUAGGAAAGGAGGUGAAAUUAGUUUGGUUAUGGAUUCCUUCCUUUCCCCUUGUAUGUGGUUACAAGAAGAAAGUAGUAAGCUUGGAGUUUGCUAACACUCAAGUUUGUAUGAAAUCUGGCACUAGCAUGUGUCCAGAGCAGUCAAUUUAAAAUUUUAAUGUAUUUUUUUCCUAAAAGGCAAAUAUCACAAAAACCAGAGGACUGCGACAGAUAAUCCAUCUCUCUUAGCUGGCCCAUGUGUAAACUGCUUUUCUGCUCCUGUCUGAAACCGAAGCUGUUGCUCUCUCCCCCUCCUUUAGUUUGGUUUCUUCAUAUCUGUUUCACAAUUAUACAUCAAAACAGGAAUUAUUUGAAAUUGAUCCUCUCGUGUCUUGAUUGACUAAAGCUUUGCUGCCUAUCUUUAGAGCUCCCUGCUUUCCAACUAGUUUAAGAUUAGAAACCAAUUACCAAGAAACCCAUAUUCUUUUUAGGUAGUCUGCUCAUUCCUAUAGUUAAAGGUAUUGUAUGAUCUCUCCUAUUGUACACUGUAUUCUUGAUCUCAUCUCUUUGCUAUAUGGCAAGGGCAUUUACAGAACCAGAGAUGGCUUAUCAUUCCUUUUCUACUGUGAUGGAAGGUGGGUAGUGGCUGGCACCUUUGCCUCUUCUGCCUACCUCUGCAUCUUCUUCUGGAGUACUGCACAGAUGGAAAUGUGUGGAUAUUGCUAUCUGUAUAUUAACAAAGCUUCACCAAUAUGUGUGUGUGCAUAUUCCCUCUGUGCCACCAUAACAAAGUUAAAAAGAGCGUGUUUGCCUCAUUGCUUUUCCAGCAAUAUACUGUGUUAGUCAGGGUGAGUUCCAGGUCAGAUCAAACCAGCAGUUCAUUUUCUUGUAUUCCCUGUCUUUUAGGACAAUUCACUGCUACUGGCAGAUCAUUCCAGGUAAGCAGUCCUGCUCAUAAUAAAAACGUUACUUUCUUUCA